AUGUCGAUCCUGAUUAAUGGCUCUCCAUCUAAACCGUUUAAGAUGGAGAGGGACUUGAGACAAGGUGAUCCACUAUCUCCAUUUCUGUUUGUUCUGGUUGUUGAUGUUUUGCAUAAGAUGAUAGGAGAGCCAGUCAGGAACAAACGUAUUCUUCCACUGCUGAUUGGAAAGGACAAUAUAGAGCUAUCACAUCUACAGUUUGCAGAUGAUACUAUAUUAUUCUGUCCACCAGAGGAGGAGACUAUCAGGAGCUAUGCCAGGUUGCUAAGAUGCUUUGAGAUGAUGUCAGGGUUAACCAUUAACUUUGAUAAAUCAAGUUUAAUCCCAAUAAAUUUCGAACAGCAGUGGUUCUACAAUAUGUGCAACUUAUUGGGAUGCAAGGAGGUCAGCCUUCCAUAA